GCGCAGAGUAGCUCUGCGCGCCCGUGACGGAACGACGAGGCGUGGGGGUGCGCGACCUCGCCCGCCCGGCCCGGCCCCCGCCCCUUGGCCUGCCGCUCCGCCCCCGCGGGGCGUCCCGGGCCGCUAGUCCCCUCAGCGGCGGCCGCACGCGGCCCGGGGUCGCCUCCCUAAAGCCUUCUGUGUUAGCUGCCGUCGUCCAGACUUAACAUUGAGCUGAGCAACACCCUUGUUUGGGUACUCUUCACACAGUGUAUAUUUGGCCCAGCUUCUCUUGAAAGGUUCCCUCCUUCACCUCAUUUAGCAGAAACCAAGCAGCAACAGCCCUUGGAGAGAGGCUAAGUUUUUCUUGACUUCUACGGUGACAAAGACCUUGAGAAAGUUGGUACUUCUGGCCCACGCUGCCAACGUCCUACCACCCAGCCCAAGACAGCCCAAGCUGGACAUUAGUGCCUCCCUCUUUAUUCCUCUGUGAUCAUCCAGAUCAGCACCUGACUGUUUAUUUUCAAAUCUCACAAACUCGGCUCAGCCCUCAGAUCUUCAUAAUUUUGGUUCUCAGCUGCUCUUGAAGGACAGUGACUUGUUACCACCACUACAGCAGAGCCUGACAUCCCCAGCAGAUCUCCAGUCAGCCCCUGACAUCACCCGCUCCCUUGUCUCCCUCUGUGGCCUCCUAAAUGCCCAUCCCGUUGGCCUGGGUUCAGCUGGUGGUAUGGAGGGGUGCUGCCUAGCACUGACCUGGGAGUGUGUGUGACCCACUGACCCAAUGGACAUCAAAGGCCAGUUCUGGAAUGAUGAUGAUUCGGAGGGAGAUAAUGAAUCAGAGGAAUUUCUCUAUGGAGUUCAGGGGAGCUGUGCAGCCGACCUGUAUCGACACCCCCAGCUUGAUGCAGACAUUGAAGCCGUGAAGGAGAUCUACAGUGAGAACUCUGUAUCCAUCAGAGAAUAUGGAACUAUCGAUGACGUGGACAUUGACCUCCACAUCAACAUCAGCUUCCUCGAUGAGGAAGUCUCUACAGCCUGGAAGGUCCUCCGAACAGAACCUAUUGUGUUGCGGCUGCGCUUUUCUCUCUCCCAGUACCUCGAUGGACCAGAACCAUCAAUUGAGGUUUUCCAGCCAUCGAAUAAAGAAGGAUUUGGGCUGGGUCUUCAGUUGAAAAAGAUCCUGGGUAUGUUCACUUCCCAACAAUGGAAACAUCUCAGCAAUGAUUUCUUGAAGACCCAGCAGGAAAAGAGGCACAGUUGGUUCAAGGCAAGUGGUACCAUCAAGAAGUUCCGAGCUGGCCUCAGCAUCUUCUCGCCCAUCCCCAAGUCUCCCAGUUUCCCUAUCAUACAGGACUCCAUGCUGAAGGGCAAACUGGGUGUACCAGAGCUGCGAGUUGGGCGCCUCAUGAACCGUUCCAUCUCCUGCACCAUGAAGAACCCCAAAGUGGAGGUGUUUGGCUACCCUCCCAGCCCCCAGGCAGGUCUCCUGUGCCCCCAGCACGUGGGCCUCCCUCCCCCAGCACGGACCUCUCCUUUGGUCAGUGGUCACUGCAAGAACAUCCCCACUCUGGAAUAUGGAUUCCUUGUCCAGAUCAUGAAGUAUGCAGAACAGAGGAUUCCAACGUUGAAUGAGUACUGUGUGGUGUGUGAUGAGCAGCAUGUCUUCCAGAAUGGAUCCAUGCUCAAGCCAGCUGUCUGUACUCGUGAGCUGUGUGUUUUUUCCUUCUACACGCUGGGAGUCAUGUCUGGAGCUGCAGAGGAGGUCGCCACUGGAGCAGAGGUGGUGGAUCUGCUGGUGGCCAUGUGUAGGGCAGCUUUGGAAUCCCCUAGAAAGAGCAUCAUCUUUGAGCCUUAUCCCUCUGUGGUGGACCCCACUGAUCCCAAGACUCUGGCCUUUAACCCCAAGAAGAAGAAUUAUGAACGACUUCAGAAAGCUCUGGAUAGUGUGAUGUCCAUCCGGGAGAUGACCCAGGGCUCAUACCUAGAAAUUAAGAAGCAGAUGGACAAGCUGGAUCCCUUGGCCCAUCCUCUCUUGCAGUGGAUCAUCUCCAGCAACAGGUCACACAUUGUCAAACUACCUCUCAGCAGGCAGCUGAAGUUCAUGCACACCUCACACCAGUUCCUCCUGCUGAGCAGCCCUCCUGCCAAGGAGGCUCGGUUCCGGACCGCCAAGAAGCUCUACGGCAGCACCUUUGCCUUCCAUGGGUCCCACAUUGAGAACUGGCAUUCGAUCCUGCGCAAUGGGCUGGUCAAUGCUUCCUACACCAAACUGCAGCUGCAUGGAGCAGCCUAUGGCAAAGGCAUCUACCUGAGCCCCAUCUCCAGUAUUUCCUUUGGAUACUCAGGAAUGGGAAAAGGACAGCACAGGAUGCCCUCCAAGGAUGAGCUGGUCCAGAGAUAUAACAGGAUGAAUACCAUCCCCCAGACCCGAUCCAUUCAGUCGAGGUUCCUGCAGAGUCGGAAUCUAAACUGUAUAGCACUUUGUGAAGUGAUUACAUCUAAGGACCUCCAGAAGCAUGGGAACAUCUGGGUGUGCCCUGUGUCUGACCAUGUCUGCACACGGUUCUUCUUUGUAUAUGAGGAUGGUCAGGUGGGCGAUGCCAACAUUAAUACUCAGGACCCCAAGAUACAGAAGGAAAUCAUGCGUGUGAUCGGAACUCAGGUUUACACAAACUGAGGGGGCCCCAGCCCUCGUACCACCCCUGUUCCCCCAGGAUCCAUCUGCCCUCAUACAAGGGCUCAGGAGCAGUGUGCGAGGCUGCCCUGAGGAAUCAAGGGGCCAUUACCAAGGGGCAGGAAAAGGAUAGAAGAGGCGGCCUUCAUGGUGGAGACUGACCCAGGAACCACUCCACAUUUGGAUGGCCCAGACUGACUCCCUCCUCCUGAUUUUCCCAGUUGACUUCACCCUGUUUGUAAAUAAAACAAUAAAAUGGAAGGUGCUGUGGACUGGA